UGCUGUUUCAGAUAUCUUGCCAACAAGUUAGAUGAGUAUGGCGAUUCUUACCAGGACUCACAAGUGCCCCUCAUGUGGGAGGAGGAUCAAAUCUUUAAGAGGGUACGACCAACAAAGAAUGGAGGGGAGCUCAUUCCAGAUACAAGUCCACCAAAAGUAAAACAGGAGCGUCCGGUGGCAGACAUUUUAUCAACAAUAAAUCCGAUCCUGGCUGCUCAUGGUAUGGCAGAAGUUGGAUCUCAUGGUAGUCCAACAGCCACAUCUUCUGGAAAGCCCAAGAAAGGAAAGUCCGACAAGGAAAAGGACCCAAGUGCUCCUAAAAAACCAGCUAAUGCCUUCCUCAUGUUCUGUCAGCAACAGAGAACGACUGUUCAGGAGGCAUACUUCAAGGAAAACAAAGAGGAGAUCUCCAACCAUGAACUGACUAAAAGAUUGGCUCAUCUAUGGAACAGUUUAAAUCCAGAACAAAAAAGGGUGAGUUGGGGAUUGGAUGAAAUAAUAUUCAUUUUCAUUUUAUCUAUGAGAUUAAUGAAAACUCAAAAUGAUGAUACUGAUAGACAGCAAUGA